GGUUCUUAACUUUUCGCACCUCCAAAAUGUCAAAAAAGCCCCCGCCAACCUCGGCUUCCCCUGCAAAUACUUCCAAUUUCCUCGAUGUACCCGACAUACCUCCCUCGCACAUACCACAGUCCUUUCUCAUAGACUCAAACCCCAGCGCAGAGCGUCCACGAACCUUCAAACCACCAGUGCCAUCCGCAUUGCUUUCAAAAGUAGCAGCAUUUCUUCCACAAAUUGACGCUGCAAACAGUCAACUGCUGCAAACAAUACAGCAAGACAGCGAAAAACAGAAGCAAGUCGAUAUUGAGAAUGUUGACGAUGAUGGACAGUAUAUACAAAUGGAUCUUGGAGUUGGAGUAUUCGACACCCAUCCACAGACAUCAGUCCCGAACGAAAAAGACAUUAUUAUCACCGGACGGCCAACGGUAGAUGAAGAUGAAAAACCUCUCAUCGAGGUCAUACAAAGGACCGAACAAUCGGAAAGCGAGUCGGAAUCUGCAGGUUCCGACGACGAUGAUAACUCGCAAGACGACUCAAAUGACGACUCGAAUGAAGAUUCAGAGUUGGAGAACGCCAGGGGCUGAUGAAUCUUUAGACUUGCAAAGUAGCAUAGGACCAUCACAUGUAAAAACGCAACCCGGCCAUCGCUAUGCGCGGCAUGACGAUACCUGUUGAAUGUACAUAGCAUGAUAUAUAUUUCCAACCAAUAUUCGUACGCUAUCAACUGGGAGUGC